AUGCCAGCAACCUCUGCAAUCGCCCCUGGAGAGCCAAAAGCAUCGCCAAAGCCACAGCCGAUUGGGAACGUUCCGAUGGUUCUUCUCGUGACAACAUGUGUCGCUUGUAUCUUUUUUUUGCUGUGGUGGCGGGCGAAUCAACUCAAGUCUGUGAUAUCGCAUCAACUGAAGACAUGGCGACAAACGGAGGGUCAGAUACGAUUAAGCAUCGACGAUGGUCCAGCAGCAACGGAGUUUCUGGAGGAUGGUUACGACGACGACAAUGCGGGCCUGACGUUGGCGGAGGACGGGCAGACGUUGAUGCAGAAAAAGUCUCCUGUCGCUGAAGCUGCGUAG